AUGAAAAAGCAUGCACAUUUUGUGAAACAUGAUCCAGAACCAUUUGGUAGUCUUCCAAAGCACAAUUCUGUGUACUGCUUUGCUUGGGACUCUAUUUAUGAUUUCCAGGCUCCUUCACUCUUGCCAGCACUUCUUUCAAAGCAUGGUCAAGAUGGUAGCGUGUCUACUGGCACGAAGUCCUUAAAAGUAUUUUCACUUCUUGGUGCUGGAGCAUUGGGCCUCCUGAGUUGUGCAACAGUAGCUUCUUCUGAUGAGGCUGAGCAUGGGUUAGAGAGUCCCAACUAUCCAUGGCCUCACGAGGGCAUUCUCAGUUCAUACGACCAUGCUUCGAUUCGUCGGGGUCAUCAGGUUUACCAGCAAGUUUGUGCAUCGUGCCACUCAAUGUCUCUAAUUUCUUAUCGUGACCUAGUUGGUGUGGCUUACACUGAGGAAGAAACUAAAGCUAUGGCGGCAGAGAUUGAAGUGGUUGAUGGUCCAAAUGAUGAGGGUGAGAUGUUCACUCGCCCUGGGAAACUGAGUGAUCGUUUUCCUCAGCCUUAUGCUAAUGAACAAGCUGCAAGGUUUGCCAAUGGAGGUGCCUAUCCCCCUGAUCUAAGUCUUAUAACCAAGGCCCGCCAUAAUGGACAGAAUUAUGUUUUUGCUCUUCUAACUGGGUACCGCGAUCCUCCUGCUGGUGUGAUGAUUAGAGAAGGGCUACACUAUAAUCCUUAUUUCCCUGGUGGAGCUAUUGCUAUGCCUAAAAUGCUUAAUGACGGUGCUGUUGAAUAUGAAGAUGGUACCCCUGCGACAGAGGCACAGAUGGGAAAAGAUGUUGUGUCAUUUUUGUCAUGGGCUGCUGAACCAGAAAUGGAAGAACGGAAGCUGAUGGGUUUCAAAUGGAUUUUUGUAUUGUCGCUUGCACUUCUCCAAGCAGGCUACUAUAGACGCUUGAAAUGGUCGGUUCUCAAGUCCCGGAAGUUGGUCCUCAAUGUAGUCAACUAAACCUCAGAGAGUUUCACCAAGAUCUUCGGGGCGCAAGCAGUAAAUAAACGUCGGAAUUUAAUUUUAGAUCUCACGGUGAAUUUAAUGCAUUUUUCCAUGGCCUAUACUCGAGGCAAAAUGCAAUCCAAUUUAUUAAUUGGUACUAUGAGUAUGCUUUUUGAGGAAUAAAUAGUAACUGGUUACUCAAUAUUUGUUUUUAUACGAUGACUUUGUGUUUUUACCCUCUUAAAGUUUGAGGGUUGGUUUCUCUGUAUACGAUCUUGAUGUGCUAUAUGUUGCCCCAUCUGGAAAACUUUUGAAUGGAGAUUAAUUUAUUUUCUCGUAAA